AUGCGCUUCUCUCUCUCCGCUGUUGCUCUUCUCGUCACCGCCGUCGCCGCGGUUGACAUUUCGGGUGCUCCUGCUUGCGCUCAAACCUGCCUGCAGGACAAUCAGGGCCUCUCCACUUGCGACCCGAAUGCCACCGAGUACACCUGCUUCUGCGCCGACACCGCCUUCUAUAGUGCUGUUCAGCAGUGCGUCCUCGCUGACUGCAGCUUGACCGAUGCUGUUGCUACCUUGACCUGGUACAACUCUGUGUGCGCCGCAUAG